CUUGUUUCGAGGGCAUGAUGACAUGCCGGAAGCUCUGCGAGAUCUGCCACCCUCUCUCUAUGCAUUCAGCUGAGGGUGCAGUGAUGACCUCUGCUGUGCUGCGGCCGAUGAGUGAUCUGCCAAAAUGACUUCUGAUCUCGGUCAAGCGAACCACUCAGCUCACUAUCGAUACGCCUCAGCCGUGAGUUGACGCCGCUGUUUUCUCACCUUCGGCGUCAAGCUCGCACCACCCGGUGAAGGGGCAGAGAGGAAAGAAAAGGGAAGAGAGAAGAGUCAUCAGGUCGGAUAGACAAAGCAAAAACAAUACAGAAACACACAGGUCCGUUCACUUCGGUGUCUGUCUGUGUGUGGUUCAGGGACUGCCGGUGAGAGAUCUGUUGCCUGUGACGAUGGAGGCCGAGUUGGCCGCUCGCCAGUUCAGCGCCCAUGCGAUUCUCAAUGAGCUGCACGUGCCCGUGACGGCCAUCGGUGACGCCAUCAGCCAGCUGCACACACAGAUCCGCCAGGCUGACGAGGACGCCCAGCGAGAGCGGCAGCACCACGGCGCAUCGGACCCCUCGGCGGCCUCGCCUGACGACACUUUGCUGCUGAAUGUGGGCGGACAUCUGAUGAGCGUCAGGUGGCAGCACAUGACUCAGGGAGAGGGGGUGGAGGGCACUCUGCUGGCGGCCCUCUUCGGGGGCUGCUGGGAGGGCCGACUCAUCAAGGACGACAGCCAGCGGGUGUUCGUCGACAUCUGCCCGGAGGCCUUCAAGGCCGUCCACAAGGCCAUACUCAACGCCGAGACCCUUCGCAGCGCCGGCAAGGCGGCGUCGGUCGGCCAUCUGCUCAAUGAAGUGGCCAAGCGCGACAAGGGUGAGGGCAAUGAAGGCCAUGACACACUUUUCGUUUCGUCAUACUCAUUUGGCUGUCUGUGUGGUUUGCCUGUCGCAGGUCGCCAUGGCUUCUGGGUCAAGCUGUUGACGACGCCUCUCGACAAGGAUGUCACAGAGGGCACCGGCAGUGCCGAUAGUGUGCCCACCGGGUCGCUGACAAGCAGCCCCACCGAGGCGGCGGCCGCCCUCAAGGCGAUGGAGGCCAUCCUCAAAGCCUUCGCCAAUGAGAAGGCCCGGCUGGAGGGACAGCUGCGGGCCGCCAACACACGACGCGACAAUCUCGACAAAGAGAUAAAGGUGACCACAUGCAGAGAGGGAGAGGAAGCAAGAGGCUGUUGGUCUGAUGGUUGUGUGUGUGUGUGUGUGUCAGGCCGUCGAGCCCUUUCUGCUGCCUCUGAGUGGCGGCGAUGCCAUUCGGUCGGUCGAGGUGUGUGGACAGCUCAUCUCGACCACUCAGUCCACUGUGGACGAAAUGGGCGACAUCGCACUCAGCCACCGAUUUGACCUGUGAGCCCACCACACCAACACACAGAGGACACACACCGAUGUGCUUCUCACUGUUUGUGUGCCGUCAGGUGGUCCAGCAGCCGGGCGGUGGAGGUGGUCGAUCCCGACCACAUCGGCCGCAUGGUCGACUUCUACCGCAGAAAGCGACUCGGCGCCUCGCCCGCCGACAUGGCCGCCGUGCUGACGAUGGCUGGCGAGACGGACCAGGCGCCAUUUGACGUCAACGCGGCCAUGUACGGCAUCGUCAAGACGGACACACCGACACUACAGGCCAGGUGAAGCCCAACAGGGAGCCGACUGCAGCAAUUGGCCAUCUUGGUUUUGUCCAUGUCAGUGUCGGCCGUCGCACCGGCACACUGCCAUCGUCUGGCUAUCCAUAUGAGGUGGUGCAGGAGGGCACCGGCAGAGUGCCCACAAUCAAUGACCGCGUCAAGUUCGACCGCGCUGAGUGGCGUGAUGCUUUCGACGGCCAGAACAAAGCAUACGAUUACCGUGGGGCGGUGUAUCGUGUGUCUGAUCUGUAUGGGUGGCUGCGUGAGUUGUUUCUGUCGAUGAGGGAGGGGGAGGUCAGACACAUCAAAGUGCCAGACGGACCUGAACCCUACCGUGAGCUGCGUUUGAUCAGCAUAGAGUAGGAGAGCACACACACACACACACACACACACACACCCCUGUGUGCGGCUGUGGGUGACACACACUCAUGUGUGUGGCCGGGGGCUCCUCACUCGUGAAGUGGCUGACUGUGGGCUUUGGUUUUGGGCGAAGUAGGGAGGGUUAGCCGUAGGGGUAUUUUGUGUGCGUGUCCCCUCUCUCCCCCACCGGCUGUCUGUCUGUCUGUCUGACUUUGCGUGUCUGCCUGAUGAUCCCUGUGCGUGGCCGGUCAUUCGGUCGCCGGCUGGAGGCGACAUACGAGUGUGUGCUGUGUUCUGUGUGUGUACUUGAGACAGACUGAUGGACGUUUCGCUCAACCACAGACACACCCACUGGAUGGGCCUCUUUGUGCCUGCCGUUGUCGGGAUGGUUUAUCUCUCACUGUGUGUGUGCCUGUCAGCCGCCCGUGGCCCUUUGUGUCUGCCGUGAGUGUGCUGAUGCUGCUGCCUGUGUGCCGUGCUGUCGGUCGAGAGAGACUUUAUGUCUCUCCCACACCCUGCUGACGAUCGUUUCUGAGCUGCCAUGACGACGGUUUCACUCCUGGCAUGACUGCGGCACAUCGAUGGCUUAAUGUCACUGUCAUGAUUUUUAUCCAGUGGGCGUCUAUCUGGCGGCCUCAAGCUUCGUUGGGGCUCAGCGACGGCCGGCUGAUCUCCUUUGUGUCUGUGACUGUCGGCAGGCAGGCAGACCUCAUCGGGGGUGACGAAUGUGUGUGUGUGCGUGUGGACAUCGACUCGACGUGGCCGUGUCCAUCAAGUUGUGUCGACGAG